AUGCUGAGCGUGCAGUGCUUGGAACAGUGGCUGGCGUCGUGCUGGCAAUACUUACUGUCCCUUUUUUACCGGAAAGAACUUAAUAUUGUGCUCGUGGGACUGCAGAACUCGGGCAAAACGUCUUUGACACGAGCACUCGUUUCUAAGCCGUUUGAGCGCGACACGAUCCCGACCCUUGGGAUGCAAACCGAACAGAUCGCGAUGGGACUCAACACGGUGCGUAUUUUCGACCUAGCGGGCCAGACGCGUUUCCACCAUCUGUGGCAGCGAUACUUGGCCCGUGCAGACCUGGUAAUCUAUGUGCUGGACCUCUCAGACCUGACCAGCUGGGCCCAGGCCAAACAAAAGCUGCACGACGUGAUAUGCGAAACCAACCACGACGGCGUGCCCAUGUUGAUUGUGGGCAACAAGAUCGACCUGCUGUCGCAGCUGGAGUCCAGACACGCGGCUCCCGGACGCCGGGCGUCGAAGAAAACCGCCGCAGACCAGAACACGCUGGACCACUGGAAAUUUCUGGCCCCCUUGCUUCGAAACUACGAGUUCGACGAUAUCCCGACCUACCAAUUGGAUGACACCAAUCUCUACGUCCUGCGCAACGUCGAAGUUCUCUCUAAAGAGCUCGGUCUCGACCUCAAGAACGGCAUUUUGCACCUGCCGAAUUCCCACAUCUAUCUCGACCGCGACCUGGCCGUUUUCACCAUAAGUUGCAAGAACGGAGACUACAUUCAAGACAUUCUCGAUUGGGUCGUGCAACUGUAA